CCAGUGAUCUGAUUGGUCGGCAGUUGGCCUCGGGACUGGUCUUUGAGCUCCGGAUCAGAGACGUGAACUUUUCCCAGCGCCUCGUAGUUUUUUGUCUAAAAGUUGUGUAUUAAGUCAACAUGGGAGCUUGUUUGGCGCUGAGUUCCGUCGCCAGUUGUGCGUCUUGUUUGUGCGGCUCAGCCCCCUGCCUCCUGUCAUCAUGCUGCCCUUCAACGUACAACUCCACCAUGAGCCGGUUGGCCUUCUCCUUCCUGCUGCUGCUUGGGACUCUGGUGUCCGUUGUCAUGAUUCUCCCGGGCAUGGAGGAACAUCUUAAAAAGAUUCCCGGAUUCUGCAUGGGGGGGUCGAGCAUACCUGGCAUAGAGAACAAGGUGAAUUGUGACGUCUUCGUCGGCUACAAGUCGGUGUACCGCAUGUGCUUCGCCAUGACCUGCUUCUUCUUCCUCUUCUCCGUCAUCAUGAUCCGAGUGCGCAGCAGCAAAGACCCCCGGGCAGCCCUCCAGAACGGUUUCUGGUUCUUGAAGUUCCUGGUUCUUGUUGGAAUAACUGUGGGAGCUUUCUUCAUUCCAGACGGCGACUUUAAUACAGUGUGGUAUUACUUCGGCAUGGUGGGCUCCUUCAUCUUCAUCAUCAUCCAGCUCAUCCUGCUCGUGGACUUCGCCCAUUCCUGGAACCAGUCCUGGCUGGAGAGGGCAGAGAACGGAAACUCCAAGUGCUGGUAUGCAGCUCUUCUGUCUUUCACCUUCGUCCACUAUGCCCUGGCUUUCACCGCUGUCGUGAUCUUUUACGUGUUUUACACGCAGCCCGACGACUGCGCCGAGCACAAGGCCUUCAUCAGCCUCAACUUCAUCUUCUGCAUCAUCCUGUCUGUCGUGUCCAUUCUUCCCAAAGUUCAGGAGGCUCAGCCCAGCUCAGGCCUGCUGCAGGCUUCCCUCAUCUCCCUCUACACCAUGUACGUCACCUGGUCAGCCAUGACCAACAACCCCAACCGGCAGUGUAACCCCAGUCUGCUGAGUUUGGUCCAGCCCAUCAGCCCAACUCCACCACCAGGGCCUGUUCAUCCAACCACUGCCCCUCCACACGUCCAGUGGUGGGACGCACAAAGCAUCGUGGGAUUGACCAUCUUCUUGUUCUGUACUCUUUACGCCAGUAUCCGCUCCUCCAACAACACCCAGGUGAACAAGCUCAUGCAGACCGAGGAGGGCCAGGGUCUGACCACCGACUUCGACGCCGCCACCGGAGAGGAUGGAGUUCGACGGGCUGUGGACAACGAAGAGGACGGAGUCACCUACAGCUACUCCUUCUUCCACUUCUCCCUCUUCCUGGCUUCUCUCUACAUCAUGAUGACGCUCACUAACUGGUACAAGCCGGAGACCGACGUCCAGGCCAUGCAGACCAGCAUGCCAGCUGUCUGGGUGAAGAUCUGCUCCAGCUGGCUCGGCUUGGUCAUAUACCUGUGGACCCUGGUGGCCCCGCUGGUGUUCCCCGACAGAGACUUCAACUAAAAACCCGGUGAAGUCUUGUCAUUGGUCGAUAGCCUCUUGCUAUUUGCACCUUGAGGAGCUCUAGCUUCAAAUUGCUCUGCUUGAAACUCCACAUUUAAAAGUGGUAACAUACUUUUCUUAGAGCUAAAUCCACAGCACAUAGAGAGCAUGUUGAAAUUUGCAGUUUGAUUUCAAGCUCAGCUUUUAUCGCUCCAAUUUUUUUGCCUCAGGUUAUUUUUCUACUUGUGUUCCUCCACUGUUACUGAUACUGGAAUUGAGAGCACUACACACCUUUUAAUAGGUAAAGACCAAAUGACUCAAAUGAAAUAUAUUUACUUUUAUAAAAAUCAGUUAAAUUGAAUGGAAAGUUCUGUCCAAUUUGCACUUUUUCUAGUUCUGCUUUUUUUCGCAGCUUUGUUCAAGUGCCCUGGUUCUGUAACAAGAGUGCUUUUAAUACAUUUUGUACGCGUUGUUCACAGGGACCAAUUUUCGAUUGUCUUUGUAAAGUUUGUUUGACGGUCAGUUGUCGGUGUAAAGAAUAUGUUCACUUCUCAUUAUAAUGAAAUAAAGUUCACUCUUUGUUAACGUCUAUAAA